GGGACGAAUGGUGGGGAUGGUGGGGAUGGUGGAGGUCGUCAUGAUGGGUUGGGGAAGGGUAUGGGAGUGCGGGGGGGGGAAGAGGGGUGACGUGGGGGCGAGGAAUGAGGCGGUGUGCUGGAUGCGCCGGAUGAGGGAGGAGGUGGGGGGAACGCAACGAUGGUGGAGGUUGAAGGGUUGGUGGAUGUGGUGGUAGAGGUUGUAGGAGUGGAGGAGGUUGGCGGGGGGGUGUUGUUGGAGGCGGUUGUGGAGGAGGGAGUGGUUUGCGCUGUGGAGGAGGGAGGUGCGGCCGUGGUGACGACCGUGAUGGAGGGGUUGUUCCCUUCGAGCGUGGUGAUGCGGUCGGAUAUGGAUGACACGGUGGCCUUUAUGUCGUUGAGAGAGGCGGUGAUGGAGGUUUGGAGGGUGUUCAGUGUGUGGAGGAUGGCGGAGAGGUCGGGGGUGGUGGUGUUUGCUGGUGGUUGUUCGCCUGCAAGGUUGCGGGUGAUGCUAUCGACCGAGUCGGUGCGUAUGUCAGACAUGUUGAUGGAGGAUGCGGUCAUGUCGGGGGAAGAGGGCGUGGAGGACGCGGCCGGAACGGAUGUGGAGGAUGCCGCAGCAGCGAUGGCUGAGGCGACGACUGUGAAUGAGGUGGAGGCAGGCACUGCGGCAGCAGCGGUGGCGGCGGCGGUGGCGACUGCGCGUUGGGAGGUCUUGGAUUGGCGUGCAUUCGAUCCUGUAUUUAAGACGACCUAUUGUACUAAUGAGGAGACAAAACUUCAAGUGCCAGCAACUUCAGCACAAGGACAGCCAAUCACACUGUCCAGAAUAUGCAGUGCAGGUUUCUAUGCCCUGGGACUAUGCAACAAGUGCAAUGAUACGCUUUGCUUCUAUGAUGGUUGUGUCAAGAGAGAAAGGUACUCAAAUGGGAUUUGCAGUGAUUCUGCAUAUGCCGCCGGACUUGCGGGAGACCCAACCCAGUCCCAGAAUCCAGGUUACUACGGAGCAGUAGUGUCACCAACCUCCCGGUGUCUUCCAGAUGGAAAUGUUGCGAUAUCGAGAAACGGAUUCGCUGUUAAUCCAACAGGGUCUCAGUGUUAUGCCGUUGAGUGCACAUGGAACGGGAACACACCGGUGCUAUACGCCGUCAUCUUUGGAGAGCGCGUUCUAUGCCCCGAGGGACAACAGAGGUGGGGAUUAGAUGGACAGAGGAGAACGAAAGAGAGGGAGGCAUGGAUGAACAGAAUCGGGAAAGGACGGGAAAAGGGGAUCGCGACUAAAGCAAGUGACGGGAUGAUCAGGGCGAGGGAAAGUGGCGAUACCAUAUGGAAGACGGGAAAGGACGAAGCGGGAUGAUCGGUGCGAGGAAAAGACAUGCACGAUGCCAUCUAUGGAAAGCGGGCAAAGGGCAGGCUGCGAUGACGAGAAUAGGGAUGCAAUCAGGGGAGAUGAAACGGAGAAGCGACGAGCUUGAAAGAACGAAGAAAAAUCGUGAUGAAUGGGAGCAGGAUAGAAAGAUUAGCGGCCGCAAUAGUUUUAAUGAAUGUACGAAGCCGUC